UAUUUUAAUCACGAAAAAACCAAGUCACCAGGACAUUUUUCUGCAAAAUGUGUUUAUUGCCCAGCUAAAUGGUCAAGAGGCAAACCUUUAAAACUUGAGGCUCACCUUGCAUAUGUUUGUCCUAAUGUAGAUAAUGAAAUCCGGAAAUUAUACAUACUUAAUAUAGCCUCUCGUGAUAAUUUUGAGGAAUCAGAAAGCACAAAAAAGCAAAGGUUAAAUGAUAACCAACCUG